AUGGUAGGUCUAAGUAGCAAGUUGGAAAGCCUGGAUCUCGAGGAUCAAAAUGAUACCCAUAUCGACCAUAUCAACACACAAGUUCUGGACAAACAUGCGCAAAACAUUAAGACCGAUGAGCUUUCUGGAGGUAAGACGAAAAAGACUACAAAGGACAAGGCCAACAGGGCUACAGUGGAAAAUGUGCUUGAUCCGCGAACCAUGCGGUUCCUGCAAGCGUUGACCUCGCGAGGAGUGAUUUCAGAGUUCAACGGAUGUCUCAGCACUGGUAAAGAAGCAAAUGUGUACCAUGCGUACUCAGGAACAGGAUCAAACGGCGACAAAGAACGAAGCGAAUUGGCGAUCAAGAUUUUCAAAACGUCGAUUCUGGUGUUCAAGGACCGAGAACGAUACGUGGACGGUGAAUUUCGUUUCAGAAACUCGCGGUCUCAACACAACCCACGCAAAAUGAUCAAAGUUUGGGCAGAGAAGGAAUUCCGUAACUUGAAGCGGAUUCAUCAGAGUAAUGUGGUGCCUGCACCUAAACCGGUGGAAGUGAAGUCCAACGUGUUGAUUAUGGAGUUUUUGAAUAGAGGUGAUGGGUUUGCAUCGCCAAGACUAAAAGAUUACCCUUUCAAAGAUGCGGCAGAUGUAGCAUACUAUUAUCACACAAUGAUCUCUUAUAUGCGACUGCUGUACCAGAACUGCCGCUUGGUGCAUGCCGAUUUGUCGGAAUACAACGCGCUCGUCCAUCAAAAGAGACUGUACAUCAUUGACGUGUCACAGAGUGUGCAACCAGAGCAUCCCAUGAGUUUGGAUUUUUUAAGAAUGGAUAUCAAAAACGUCAACGGAUUUUUUGAACGAUUUUCUAUCGACAUUUUCUCAGAAAGGAUCAUAUUUCAAUUCGUCAUCUCGGAAAUGCUUGAAAAGUUUAUGGGUGACUACAAUUCUUCCGAAGAUCUUGUGGAAUACAUGGCAAAAAAUCUGCCAAUCAAAACCACGCCCGAGGAUGAGGCAGAGGACGAGGUGUUUAGAUCAUUGCAUUUGGUGAGAAAUUUGGGGGGUCUGGAAGAAAGAGAUUUUGACCGCUUCACAAUGGGAAAAUUCGAUCUUUUGAAGAGCCUUAUUGCCAACGACAACAAGAAAAACGCCAAGAACUUCACUGCAUCUGAACAAUUCGAUCUCUCGUCUUCCAGUGAAGACGAAAAUGAGGACGACUUUGAAGAGGACGAAAAUGACGGGGAUAGUGACAAUGGCGAAAGCGAUUCUGAAGAAGAUACCGAAGAUGAAUCGGAUGGUGAUUACGUUGAAAAGUCUAAAGAACUCAAGCAUAAAAAGCACGAAGAUAAAGACGUAAAGAAGCAACGAAAGGACGACGCAAAGGAUGCGAAACGCGAAAAAAGGAAGACCAAAGUAAAGAAGCACAUAAAAAAGAGAUUGGUAAAGAAAACCAAGUCCAAAAAGUGA